CGUUCUUUUCACAUUGAAUACUUGACAGUAUCAAUAAAGUGUUCUGGUGAUUUUUAUGAUUAUUUUAAAAAAAAACAGAUGUUAAAAUAUAUGUUUAUAUAAAUAUAUCUUUCUAUAUCUUAUAAAAGUGAUAAAAAAUUAAGUUUCGUCUAUGAAUCAUAUUACAUUUUUUUAUUUAAAAAAAAAAAUUAGAGAAAAAGUUUCUAUCAACCUUUAGACUGAUGGAAAAACUAAAUAAAAGUUUAAAGGCAUAAUUAAACUAAAUCACAUAAAAGUUAUUACUCGGGGGUUUUCGGGGUUGCUGGCAUCAGAUUUUAAAAAUUCAAAAUGGCGGACCCAAUAUGGUGGACAUUUUCAAAUUUGAUACGAUUCCCUUAAAACUUGUUACUUGGGGGUUUUUGGGUACGCUGAUAACGAAUAUGAAAUCGGUUUUCCAAAAUUCAAAAUGGCGGACGAAUUUUUAAAAAUUUGGUGGAUUUUUAUAAAAAUAUGUUUUCGAGUGUAUGUGAUUUUCCUACUUAUUUGUAAUUACCGAGAUUGACCACCAGGAGGUUAACAAAUUUUGAUCUAAUUUUUAUAAAUUCGUCUGCCAUGUUGGAUCCGCCAUUUUUAAUUUUGAAAAACUGAUUUCAUAUUCGUAAUCAACGACCUCAAAAAUCUCUAAAUACAAAAGAUGACGAAAAUUGCACUUUUCUAAAAAAAAGUCGGGCGAUAAAGGGUACUCUCCAUCAACAUCUUUACCUAAAACAGACGCAACUUAUUGUCUUCUAAUAUGAAAUUUAUACUCUUUCUCACACUUGCUACAAUAUGCUUGACUUUAUCCAUCAGCAAAAAGGAGAAGCGCAAUGGACAUAUCACAGUAUUUCAUGUAACUGAUGAAACGGCCAGUUUGAAAUUAACUAGACCUCAUUUAACUAAGGAAGGAAUUGGAGAGACUUUUACCAUUCGGGCAGUCGACUUGGAUUAUCCCACAUUAAAGGACAUUUGUGCAAUUUGCAGUUACAAUUCUUUGACACUAGACAGACAGUUAUUAACUUUAAAUACCUUCGAUGACAACGUUGAAAUUUGCAAGUACAGUGAAUUCAGUAAAUAUAUCAAACAAGACUAUCAAGUUUGCACAUUCAGUAAACUUACUCCAGGACAUUCGUAUAAAUUUAUCGCCAAAAGGAAAGGAGAAUUUCCGAUUCGUCAAGCAAUCAAAAGCAGAAAUUGCACAACAGAUAAAGUAUAUGGAAAGCCUAAUCCACCAUUAGGACCAGUCAAAGUGAGAUACCAUUCGGAUACAGCAGUAAAAAUAGAUUGGACAAGGCCACUUAACAGUCCUAAAAAUUUGAGAUAUCAAAUCAUAGCCCUCGCGGAAAAUGAUGACUCUGAUAAGAAUUGUAGAAAUAACACUCGAUUUUUGACACGUUUCAUUGUAACGGACGAUGCGCAUUACUUUUUCUCAGGACUUACUCCAGGUGAAACGUAUCGAUUUAAAAUUUCCGCUUUUAAUAAGAUGGGAAGUUCUUCUGGUAUCUUGAGUGAUUCAAUAACAAUGAUACAUCCAUUAUACUAUACAUCAAGCGAAUUCACUGAAGAUGGUUCUUUCAAAAUUUUAAAGUACAAUUACAACGAGGACAGAAAUGAAAUGUUACAUUUUGCCUGCAUUUGCCCUUCUAACAAUUUAGAUUAGAAUUAAAAUUUCAAUAAUUAAAAUAAAAUAAAUAUUGAAAUCUCAUUUCUUAUGAAGAACAUGAAUUUUAACAUAAUGAUGCAAUACCUAUGAAUAUCAAAAUGAAAAGAAACAUUUUUUUAACAGUUUUAAUUUUUAAUCAAAUAAAUUUUAACCAAAUAUUUGUAAAAUAAGAUAUACUCAGUUAAAAUAACACUAUUACUGAAUUUAUUUAAGGUAAAGUGGAAU